GUGUGUGCAUGUGUGGUUAAGAGAGGCCAAAGAGGGAGGGAGGCUUUGAGAGGAGAUAAGGUAUCACAGUUUUUUGCUUGUUGGGCGGUGUUCGAGUUUGGCCUCCACAAGCGAAAAACAAUGGCCUCAGCUUCUCUCCUCAAAUCAUCUCCUGUGCUCGACAAAUCGGAGUUUGUGAAGGGCGGGCAGACUAUCCGUGUCCCAUCUCUCGCCACCGUCCGCUGCCACCCCACCACCGCCCCCUCCGCUCUCAUCGUCAGAGCCAGCGCCUAUGCCGAUGAGCUCGUCAAGACUGCGAAAACAGUUGCAUCGCCCGGGAGAGGAAUCUUGGCCAUGGACGAGUCGAAUGCAACCUGCGGGAAGCGUUUGGCGUCGAUUGGGCUGGAGAACACCGAGGCCAACCGCCAAGCCUACAGGACGCUCCUGGUCUCUGCUCCGGGACUCGGCCAGUACAUCUCUGGUGCCAUUCUCUUCGAGGAGACUCUCUACCAAUCCACCACCGAAGGCCGCAAGAUGGUCGACGUCCUCGUUGAGCAGAACAUCGUCCCUGGUAUCAAAGUCGACAAGGGCUUGGUGCCAUUGGCUGGGUCGAACGACGAGUCCUGGUGCCAAGGGCUUGACGGAUUGGCAUCCCGCACGGCUGCUUACUACCAGCAGGGCGCUCGCUUCGCUAAAUGGAGAACUGUGGUGAGCAUCCCCAAUGGCCCAUCUGCCCUGGCCGUGAAAGAAGCCGCCUGGGGUCUUGCCCGCUACGCUGCCAUUUGCCAAGACAAUGGAUUGACCCCAAUAGUGGAGCCAGAGAUCUUGUUGGAUGGAGAGCACGGGAUCGACAGGACAUUCGAGGUGGCCCUGAAGGUGUGGUCAGAGGUGUUCUACUACCUUGCUGAGAACAAUGUGCUGUUCGAGGGCAUCCUCUUGAAGCCCAGCAUGGUCACUCCCGGUGCCGAGUGCAAAGAGAAGGCCACUCCCCAGCAAGUCGCUGAUUACACUCUCAAGCUCCUCCACCGCAGGAUCCCACCUGCCGUUCCCGGAAUCAUGUUCUUGUCCGGUGGGCAAUCCGAGGUUGAAGCAACCCUGAACCUGAACGCGAUGAACCAGUCCCCGAACCCAUGGCAUGUGUCCUUCUCCUAUGCUAGAGCCCUCCAGAACACCUGCUUGAAGACAUGGGGAGGCAGGCCCGAGAACGUGAAGGCUGCUCAGGAUGUGCUCCUGCUCCGUGCCAAGUCCAACUCCCUUGCCCAGUUCGGCAAGUACACUGGCGACGGCGAGUCCGAGGAGGCCAAGAAGGGAAUGUUCGUCAAGGGAUACGUGUACUAGGGCAAUGCGUUGAAACUCCACAAGCUCAGAAGAUGAUUUCAGAUUUACUUAUGAUGGUGAUGGUGGCAGAUGGAGCAUUGGAAGCUGUGAAGAAGUAGAACUGCUAAUUCCUCUCUUCUCUCUCUCUCUCUCUCUCCUCUCGAAUCUCAAUGUGUUAUAUAUGAAUAUACAUGCGUGGAGACUAUUUUUGUUUGUUGAUGGUCUGGCACUCUUUAGUUGCUUAAUAAAACUUCUUGAUGAUGAGAUCGGUUGGUUUGUA